AAGAUGGCCGGCGGCGGAGGCCGGGCCCCGGCGUGAGCUGAGCGCGGGCUGCAGUCCCGGCCAUGCCCUAGCCCAGUGGCCGCUAAGCUCUACCUGACAGAGCCGGCCCGCCGGCGACCCCGGAGACAUGUCUCUACUUUGCGUUGGAGUCAAAAAAGCCAAGUUUGAUGGUGCCCAAGAGAAAUUCAACACGUACGUGACCCUGAAGGUUCAAAAUGUCAAGAGCACGACCAUUGCUGUGCGGGGCAGCCAGCCCAGCUGGGAGCAGGAUUUCAUGUUCGAGAUUAACCGCCUGGAUUUGGGGCUGACAGUGGAGGUGUGGAACAAGGGUCUCAUCUGGGACACAAUGGUGGGCACUGUGUGGAUUCCCCUGCGGACCAUCCGCCAGUCCAAUGAAGAGGGCCCUGGAGAGUGGCUGACACUGGAUUCUCAGGUCAUCAUGGCAGACAGUGAGAUCUGCGGCACCAAGGACCCCACCUUCCACCGCAUCCUCCUUGACACCCGCUUCGAGCUGCCUUUAGACAUUCCCGAGGAGGAGGCGCGCUACUGGGCCAAGAAGCUGGAGCAGCUGAAUGCCAUGCGGGACCAGGAUGAGUAUUCAUUCCAAGAUGAACAAGACAAGCCUCUCCCUGUCCCCAGCAACCAGUGUUGCAACUGGAAUUAUUUUGGCUGGGGUGAGCAGCAGAAUGAUGACCCUGACAGUGCAGUGGAUGAUCGUGACAGUGACUAUCGCAGCGAGACAAGCAACAGCAUCCCACCACCUUAUUACACUACAUCCCAACCCAAUGCCUCAGUCCACCAGUAUUCUGUCCGUCCACCACCCCUGGGUUCCCGGGAAUCCUACAGUGACUCCGUGCACAGUUAUGAGGAGUUCUCGGAGCCACGGGCCCUCAGCCCCACCGGCAGUAGCCGCUAUGCCUCCUCGGGGGAACUGAGCCAGGGCAGCUCGCAGCUGAGUGAGGACUUCGACCCAGACGAGCAGAGUCUGCAGGGCUCCGAGAUGGAAGACGAGCGGGACAGGGACUCCUACCACUCCUGCCAUAGCUCGGUCAGCUACCACAAGGACUCGCCGCGCUGGGACCAGGAUGAGGAGGAGCUGGAUGAAGAACUGGACGAGGAGCUGGAGGAGGACCUGGAGGACUUCCUGGAGGAGGAGGAGGAGGAGGAGCUGCCUGAGGAUGAGGAGGAGCUGGAGGAGGAGGAGGAGGUGCCUGAUGACAUCGGUAGCUACACCCAGCGUGAAGAGGUGGCCGUGGCUGAGCCCAAAGACUUUAAGCGUGUCAGCCUCCCAUCGGCCGCAUCUGAGAAGGAGGAAAAGGCUCCGGCUGUACCUGCUGAGGCCCACGACGUGGCCAAGGCAGCCCUUGAGCCGGCUGCGCCGGAGGAGGUGCCCACAGCUGAGCGGGCACCUGAGCCGGAACCCCCCAAGUCUGAGGAGAGUUUCAGGCGACGAGAGGAUGAGGAAGGCCAGGAGGGUCAGGACUCCAUGUCCCGGGCCAAGGCCAACUGGCUUCGAGCCUUCAACAAAGUGCGGCUGCAGCUGCAGGAGGCCCGAGGAGAAGGAGAGAUGUCUAAAUCCCUGUGGUUCAAGGGCGGCCCUGGAGGUGGCCUCAUCAUCAUUGACAGCAUGCCAGACAUCCGCAAGAGGAAGCCCAUUCCACUCGUGAGCGACCUGGCCAUGUCCCUGGUCCAGUCCAGAAAAGCAGGCAUCACCUCGGCCUUGGCGUCCAGCACUUUGAACAACGAGGAGUUGAAAAACCACGUUUACAAGAAGACCCUGCAAGCCUUAAUCUAUCCCAUCUCCUGCACGACGCCGCACAACUUCGAGGUGUGGACGGCCACCACGCCCACCUACUGCUACGAGUGCGAGGGGCUGCUGUGGGGCAUCGCGCGGCAAGGCAUGCGCUGCACCGAGUGCGGUGUCAAGUGCCACGAGAAGUGCCAGGACCUGCUCAACGCAGAUUGCCUGCAGCGGGCUGCAGAGAAAAGCUCCAAGCACGGGGCGGAGGACCGGACGCAGAACAUCAUCAUGGUGCUCAAGGACCGCAUGAAGAUCCGGGAGCGCAACAAACCUGAGAUCUUCGAGCUCAUCCAGGAGAUCUUCGCCGUAACUAAGACCGCACAUACACAGCAGAUGAAGGCGGUCAAGCAGAGCGUGCUGGACGGCACAUCCAAGUGGUCGGCCAAGAUCAGCAUCACUGUGGUCUGUGCCCAGGGCCUACAGGCAAAGGACAAGACAGGAUCCAGUGACCCCUAUGUCACUGUCCAGGUUGGGAAGACCAAGAAACGGACAAAAACCAUCUAUGGGAACCUGAACCCUGUGUGGGAGGAGAACUUCCACUUUGAAUGUCACAACUCCUCAGACCGAAUCAAGGUGCGUGUCUGGGAUGAGGAUGAUGACAUCAAAUCCCGUGUGAAGCAGCGGUUUAAGAGGGAAUCUGAUGACUUCCUGGGACAGACGAUCAUCGAGGUGCGGACACUCAGCGGCGAGAUGGACGUGUGGUACAACCUGGACAAGCGGACUGACAAAUCCGCUGUAUCAGGUGCCAUCCGGCUACACAUCAGUGUGGAGAUCAAAGGCGAGGAAAAGGUGGCCCCCUACCAUGUCCAGUACACUUGUCUGCAUGAGAACUUGUUCCACUUCGUGACAGAUGUGCAGAACAAUGGGGUUGUGAAGAUCCCAGAUGCCAAGGGUGAUGACGCCUGGAAGGUUUACUAUGAUGAGACAGCCCAGGAAAUUGUGGAUGAAUUUGCCAUGCGAUAUGGCGUAGAGUCCAUCUACCAAGCCAUGACCCACUUUGCCUGCCUCUCCUCCAAGUACAUGUGUCCUGGGGUGCCCGCCGUCAUGAGCACCCUGCUCGCCAACAUCAAUGCCUACUAUGCGCACACCACCGCCUCCACCAACGUGUCCGCAUCUGACCGCUUUGCUGCCUCCAACUUCGGGAAAGAGCGCUUUGUCAAGCUCCUGGACCAGCUGCACAACUCCCUGCGGAUCGACCUCUCCAUGUAUCGGAAUAACUUCCCAGCCAGCAGCCCAGAGAGACUCCAGGACCUCAAAUCCACUGUGGACCUUCUCACCAGCAUCACCUUCUUUCGGAUGAAGGUGCAAGAACUCCAGAGCCCACCCCGAGCCAGCCAGGUGGUGAAAGACUGUGUGAAAGCCUGCCUCAACUCUACUUAUGAGUACAUCUUCAACAACUGUCAUGAACUCUAUAGUCGGGAGUACCAGACAGACCCGGCCAAGAAGGGAGAAGUUCCCCCAGAAGAACAGGGACCCAGCAUCAAGAACCUUGACUUCUGGUCCAAGCUGAUUACUCUCAUAGUGUCCAUCAUUGAGGAAGACAAAAAUUCCUACACUCCCUGCCUCAACCAGUUUCCCCAGGAGCUGAAUGUGGGCAAAAUCAGUGCCGAAGUGAUGUGGAACCUGUUUGCCCAAGACAUGAAGUAUGCCAUGGAGGAGCAUGACAAGCAUCGCCUGUGCAAGAGCGCUGACUACAUGAACCUACACUUCAAGGUCAAGUGGCUGUACAAUGAGUAUGUGACAGAGCUUCCUGCCUUCAAGGACCGUGUGCCUGAAUACCCUGCGUGGUUUGAGCCCUUUGUCAUCCAAUGGUUGGACGAGAAUGAGGAAGUAUCCCGGGAUUUCCUGCACGGGGCCCUGGAACGAGACAAGAAGGAUGGGUUCCAGCAGACCUCAGAGCAUGCCCUGUUCUCCUGCUCCGUGGUGGAUGUCUUCUCCCAGCUCAACCAGAGCUUUGAAAUCAUCAAGAAACUCGAGUGCCCUGACCCGCAGAUCGUGGGGCACUAUAUGAGGCGCUUUGCCAAGACCAUCAGUAAUGUGCUCCUCCAGUAUGCGGACAUCAUCUCCAAGGACUUCGCCUCCUACUGCUCCAAGGAGAAGGAGAAAGUGCCCUGCAUCCUCAUGAACAACACUCAGCAGCUCCGAGUGCAGCUAGAGAAGAUGUUCGAAGCCAUGGGAGGGAAGGAGCUGGAUGCUGAGGCCAGUGACAUCUUGAAGGAGCUCCAGGUGAAACUCAACAAUGUCUUGGACGAGCUCAGCCGGGUGUUUGCUACCAGCUUCCAGCCACACAUCGAGGAGUGUGUCAAGCAGAUGGGCGACAUCCUCAGCCAGGUGAAGGGAACGGGAAAUGUGCCAGCCAGUGCCUGCAGCAGCGUGGCCCAGGAUGCUGACAAUGUGCUGCAACCCAUCAUGGACCUGCUGGACAGCAACCUGACUCUCUUUGCCAAAAUCUGUGAGAAGACGGUGCUGAAGAGGGUGCUAAAGGAGUUAUGGAAGCUGGUCAUGAACACCAUGGAGAAGACCAUCGUCCUGCCACCCCUCACUGACCAGACGAUGAUCGGCAACCUCUUGAGAAAACAUGGCAAGGGAUUAGAAAAGGGCAGGGUGAAAUUGCCAAGCCACUCAGAUGGAACCCAGAUGAUCUUCAAUGCAGCCAAAGAGCUGGGUCAGCUGUCUAAACUCAAGGACCACAUGGUACGGGAAGAAGCCAAGAGCUUGACCCCAAAGCAGUGUGCAGUAGUCGAACUGGCCCUGGACACCAUCAAGCAAUACUUCCACGCAGGUGGCGUGGGCCUCAAGAAGACCUUCCUGGAGAAGAGCCCAGACCUGCAGUCCCUGCGCUAUGCCCUGUCCCUCUACACGCAGGCCACGGACCUGCUCAUCAAGACCUUCGUGCAGACGCAAGCGGCCCAGGGCUCGGGUGUGGAAGACCCUGUGGGUGAAGUUUCAGUCCACGUUGAGCUCUUCACUCAUCCAGGAACUGGGGAACACAAGGUCACUGUGAAAGUCGUGGCUGCCAAUGACCUCAAGUGGCAGACUUCUGGCAUUUUCCGGCCAUUCAUCGAGGUCAACAUCAUUGGGCCCCAGCUCAGUGACAAGAAACGAAAAUUUGCAACCAAAUCCAAGAACAACAGCUGGGCCCCCAAGUACAACGAGAGCUUCCAGUUCACGCUGAGCGCCGACGCGGGCCCGGAGUGCUAUGAGCUGCAGGUGUGCGUCAAGGACUACUGCUUCGCGCGCGAAGACCGCACGGUGGGGCUGGCCGUACUGCAGCUGCGGGAGCUGGCCCAGCGCGGGAGCGCCGCCUGCUGGCUGCCACUGGGCCGCCGCAUCCAUAUGGACGACACGGGCCUCACAGUGCUGCGCAUCCUGUCACAGCGCAGCAAUGACGAGGUGGCUAAGGAGUUCGUCAAGCUCAAGUCCGACACGCGCUCCGCCGAGGAAGGCGGUGCCGCGCCUGCGCCCUAG